UUGAAUUAAAUCCUUACCGCAACGGACAGCCACAGACAAAAAAUAAACAAACUUCUUUUUACCAAGAACUAAUUAAAUUAAUUCAAUUAAAAUUUAUUUUUUUAAACAAAUGACAACACGGAAACCUUGGCGAAAAAAUCUAUAUGAAAAUUAUGAAUACGAAGAUAACUAUACAGACCCAACAUUCCUCAAAGAUUUACGGACAAAUCUCAAUGUUCGUUUUUAUACGUUGGGCGAGGUGAUAAGAGGCGUUACAGUACUAACUAACCAAAUAUCGUGUAUCACCGGAUUCCUGAUAAUAUUCUAUGUUUUGUACAGUGAAAAGGUCUCACCCACCGCUAUUUUGGGACCAUCAUUUGUAUUGACUGUGGCCGGGUAUGUUUGUUUCCGUUGGAGAAUAUUAACCCUGUCAAUGGUCCUGGAAGACUCGAAGACUUUAAUGACAGUGCUGCUAUUUGGUUUCCUCUUGGCUCCCGUACUACAUACCCUAACAGAUGCGGUAUCAACGGACACCAUAUUCUCCAUGACAUUUAUUGUGUUUCUGUUCAAUGUGUUGUUCUGUGAUUAUGGCCUGUCCGUGGCCAUGGUCUCGAAAGCAAUAUCGGUGAAUGCUGCCAUCUUUGGUUCAAUUUGUUUGGCUUCUCGUCUAUCGACAUCAUAUCAUGCAUUUGUUUUACUCGUCGAGGCGGCUAUAUUCUUUGUCCUCUAUCCGAUUGUGACACGAGAAUAUUGGCGUUGCUACUUUUUGCUGCCCAUAUUUGUGGCAUGUUGCUAUUGCUUGUGGACAAUUUCGAUAAAUGUUUUGUGGAUUUAUGUUUCGGUAACUGGAUUCGUGAACCUUGUAUGUCCCUGCAUUUUUGUAAUACAACAACGACACAAACAUAACAUACAUGGACCAUGGGACGAGGCUAUUGUUGAAGAAACCACCGACGAUAAUAUAGAUAUAAAAUUAUAGCAUUAUAUGUUCCAACCAUACGGCUGCCACUGAUCAAUUGCGAUUCCAACGAAAAAAGACUGCAUUUGUAAUUAAUAGAACUUUUUGAGUAUUGUAUAAAAUGAAGAUAAUAUUCGUAUUUUUAUUGAAUGAUGUAUAUAUGUAUGUAUGAUUCUUAUUUGUAAACUAGUACAAAUAUUUAGAGAAUUAAUAAAGAUUAAGAUAUGUUGUUAUAAAUUUUAUAAA